AUGACGAGCGACGAUCAGUUCUUCUUUGACUACCUCGCGUCCAUACCCCAUGACGUAAGGCGAUACUCGACCCAGGUUGCCGACUCGAUCGACCGACAAGUCGACCAUGCGGCCACCACGAUCCGAAAUACCCUUUCCGAACAGUCAUGGAUUCCUUCACAGGUGCGCCCGUCCGUGCGCAAUGCUCAGAACAUGCGUCAUCCCCGUGGGUUCACCGACCGGGUGCAAAAUUGGAUGGCUCGGAAUCGCGCAUGGACGGCGGCUAUCCUCGCAUUUGUCGGCACCGGGUGUGUCCUAUACUAUGGGAGUAAGAAGUUGAAUGGAAAACGGAGGAAAGCGAGAAAGGCUGGAAAUGGAGCCCGGAAGGAGAUUGUUGUCAUCGCUGGAUCGCCUCAUGAGCCUAUGACUCGCGCUAUUGCUGCAGAUCUGGAACGCCGUGGAUACAUAGUCUACGUGACCGUGUCAUCGGCAGAUGAAGAGCACAUUGUUCGGUCUGAGAACCGGACUGAUAUCAAGGCGCUGUGGUUGGAUUUGACUGCGGGAACCUCCACACCCUCCGAGCUACAUCCCUCAUUGCAUGAACUGCGCUCACUAAUCACACAACCCCAAUCUCCCCUCCCCGGCAUGCCUCCUCACACCUGCCAGCUGAGCGGCGUCGUGAUUGUGCCAUCCCCCAACUUUGCCGCAGGCCCUGUCGCGACAAUCCCACCUUCAUCAUGGGCCGAUACCGUCAACACCCGUCUCCUCUCCCCGAUCCUCACCGCACAAGUCUUCCUACCACUAUUGACUCUCCGCAACAACAGCAGUACGAUCAUCUUCGCCUACCCAUCCAUCUCAUCAUCCCUGUCAGCACCCUUCGCCGGACCGGAAGUCGCCACAACCCGGGCUAUCUCAGGUUUUGCCACCUCUCUGCGCCAGGAACUCCGCCUCCUCGAACAUGGCAACGUCGAUGUCGUGGAGCUACGACUCGGAAACAUCGACCUGGGCCCUUCAUACCGCAAUGCCCAAAACCAAAUUACCGGCACCGAAGUCCUGGCCUGGAGUGCGCAGCAACGAGCUCUAUACGGCCCGCAGUACCUCUCCAGCAUCGAACAGCGCCCCGUCGCAUCCGCCGGCCCUAGCACCGUGCGCGGAUCACCCGCGCGAAACCUACACCACGCUCUGAUGGAUGCCCUAGAACCGGCAUCCCGGGAUUGGAUUGGCCGGCGUACGCGCAAGAAGUCUAUUAUGUACGUCGGCCGCGGGGCUCGGUCUUACAGCGUGAUUGGCGCGUGGAUGCCCAGCGGUCUUGUGGGAUUAAUGAUGGGGUACCGUAGUGGGCAUUCGGCGCCCAUGGGUAGUCCCAGCAGUGGCAGCGAGACUAGCUGGGAGCGCGUCUAG